AGUCAUUCUCGUCUACACCUUGGAGUUUAGCUCAAGUGCGGAGUGCCACUACAGUGAGGAAGCAACAGAGGCGAACUUAAAGCUAAACCCCUUUUGAAAAAUGUCGAAACCCUCGUGGUUGCGCGCAUGUGGUGGUUACUGGUUUGGUGGUUUAAAACUCGAAAAGAUUUCCAAGUUUGCUUUGGGAUCUCCGCUUCUUUGAUUGCCAUCCAACGACUUUCAACCUAAAAACGUUACUAUUAAAUCCAUUCUACUUAUUACUACUUAACUUAGAUCGAUUGCCUUCUUCUGAUACGGCGAUUCGUCUUCACUUCUUCAAUCUGCCAUGGAAGCUACUGCCUUAACCAAUUCCUUCUCAUCUCCAAUCACGUCUUAUCGGAGAACCCUUGACCAUGGCUUCUUAGCUCCUGCAUCUGCCUUCUCUCAAAGAACCAACUCUUUGCCUCGAAUCUCUGUUUCCAAACCCAGAUCUAGUGUUUUGUCCAUUGCAGCAAAGAACAGGAGUAGCUUCAUCACUCGCUGCUCCGCAAAUGGUGCAGAAACUGAAGACAAGGAGAUACCCAUAGAAAAGAGAUAUGCUGCAUUUCCAACCGUUAUGGAUAUAAACCAGAUUCGCGAGAUUUUGCCGCACAGGUUUCCAUUUCUUCUGGUGGAUAGAGUGAUCGAAUACAAUCCUGGGAUCUCAGUUGUCGGCAUUAAGAACGUAACAAUAAAUGAUAACUUCUUCCCUGGACAUUUCCCUGAGAGGCCCAUUAUGCCCGGUGUUCUCAUGAUUGAGGCAAUGGCCCAGGUCGGAGGAUUGGUGAUGCUGCAACCUGAUGUGGGUGGCUCUCGUGAAAAUUUCUUCUUUGCAGGCAUUGACAAAGUAAGGUUCAGGAAGCCAGUGAUUGCAGGUGACACCUUGGUCAUGCGAAUGAAUCUUGUUAAGCUGCAGAAGCGCUUUGGAAUAGCCAAAAUGGAAGGGAAGGCAUAUGUUGGAGGGGAGGUAGUAUGCGAGGGAGAGUUCUUGAUGGCUACUGGUAGUAGUGAAUAGAGUGUAGGAGUCUUCUUUUUCUCCCCCCCCCCCUUCCCUUCAAUCAAGUUUCCUUUACAAUGCAAAUGUGGCGGCCACCAUCUGAAGUUUUAUGUUUUCCUCUCUUUUGUUAAGAACAUUGGCAACAUGGAUUUUAUGCAGCAGCUGACUUAUAAGUAGAUUCUGCUUUUUACCA